AUGGCCAACCUGCGCGACACCUUCCUCAGCCUGGAAGACGGUUUGGGCUCCUCCGACAGCCCCGGGCUGCUGUCCUCCUGGGACUGGAAAAGCAGGGCAGGGCCCUUUGAGCUGCACCAGGCCUCCCCCACGCAGAGCCUCUCCCCGGUCCCGUCACUGGAGUCUUACACUUCUUCUCCCCGUCCGACUGCCUCUGGGCUGCCCUGUGGGCAUGAGGGUGCCAUCCACAGGGGCAGCGAAGGCUGCAGCAGCCACGGCACUGGUGGCCUGGUAGAGGUGGAUUACAACAUGUUAUCUUUCCAGCCUGCUUACCUGCAGGGCACUGGGGGCCCCAAGGCCCAGAAGAGCACCAAAGCCAGGAUGUCUGUGCAGCGGAGGCGGAAGGCCAGCGAGAGGGAGAAGCUCCGGAUGAGGACCUUGGCAGACGCCCUGCACACCCUCCGGAAUUACCUGCCACCUGUUUACAGCCAGAGGGGCCAGCCGCUCACCAAGAUCCAGACGCUGAAGUACACCAUCAAGUACAUCGGAGAGCUCACAGACCUCCUCAACAGCGGGAGGGAGCCGCGGCCGCAGAGCGCCUGA